AUUUGGCUCUUUCCUGCGGUGCCCGUGAAACUGUCGUUCGCGAUCUCUGCGCAGGGACUCGGCUCGGUAAAUGUCCAUCGCUCUGAGAAAUUCGACACGUGAGCGACUACCGCGCGCCCUCGCGGCAUCUGGAGAUACUAUGAGACGAAGGCGAAACGCAAGCCAGAGCCGCGCUCUUCCGGGAGGAUGUCUUCAUUGGUCUUCAUUUUCGGAGCACCGCGCUCGCCGCGGAGUUCUUUUUCCGCUUAACCGCCGAUCAUGCUGCUCGUUGCGAGGCUCGCCUAGGCUUCCCGAGAGCUGAAGGAGAACUUCCCUGGAUCGUCCGAGACGACGAGUACAUUCUGAAUGGACAACUUGAUGGGUGUGUCAGAAAUAGAAGCAAUUUCAAUGAUCGAAUCAUCCAGAGCUUGUGAAUUACCAGAUGUUCCAGAGGUAUUAGAGGUCUCCGAAUCUACAGGUCUCAGUCCUCUUACAUCUACCUUAGAUCAUACUCUCACCUUACAAGAGGAUAAUUUGUUACCUACGGAGGUCAAUAUGGGGAUUGAAAAUACCUGGACAGAAGCGAAUAGUUCUACGUCCGAUUAUGCUAUUCCACUCCCACCACCACCAGGUUUGGAUGAUUUUGCAGAUGUUGGAGCCGAUCCAAUGUGCGAUUCCGGAAGCGGUAUAGAGUACGGUGCUUUUCUUCCACCUGGAUCUUUAGCAUUGAAUAAUCUCUAUACCGAGACUGGGGAGACUCAGGACGAUUCUGUGAUUGUUUCUACUCCUGCUGGGGUUUGCGGGCUUCUCAACCUCGGGAACACGUGCUUCAUGGCUGCUGGUUUGCAGUGUCUUACUGCCACACCGCCUGUUUUACGACACUUUUUAGAACUACGACAACGAGGAGAGAAAUUACCACCUCCUGAAUCAUUGAUGGCACAUUUUAGUUCUCUCCUAAGUAAAAUGUGGUCUGGUGAGUUUAGCGUAGUAAAACCAACAGAGUUCAAGCAAACUCUUGGUGCUUACCAUUCACAGUUCAAGGACUAUCGACAGCAUGACUGCCAAGAGUUUCUUGCACUUUUGUUGGAUUCUCUUCAUGAACAAAUGAAUGUCGCCAAGUCACCGAAGAACUGCCAUGUUGCAUGUACUACUACUGCUGCCAAUUCAAUUAAUGCAAACCGGAACGGUGCAAAGAAUUCGGUUCUGGAUGCUAUAGUCACUGCCACUAGUAAUUCCAAUUCUAAUUUAGAAUUAAUGGAAGUGUAUGACAACUUACCAUCACCGGAGUGUCCAAGUAGUCCAAAUGUGACCAUGGCUGGUUCACCUAGAGACAUAGAUUCUCCUAUGUGUGAGUUGGAUAGUACGGCAAACUCACCUAGGAGAUCAUCCUUGAACGACGACGAGGAAACGCUUGAUUCGGAUGAAAUAAUAGAUACUAAAUCCAUCUUCAUUCAUAACCGAAUGCAAGAAGAUACGGACACAACUUUUACUAGGCGUCCUUUGAGAUUAGAUAAGCUCAUCGAACUUUCUAAAAAUCCGACGCAAUAUCAAGGCUUAUAUGAUAUUCUCAAGGAUGCUAAAACUAGCAAUGCAAAUUUCUUGGUAACUCCGCAAGAGUGCAAUAACGAAAUCCAUUACGAUUCUCAAAAGUUUCCUAAGGAGAACAUUCGGAGAAUGGCUCUCGAUAACUCAAAUUUAACAGAGAAUCACGACUUUGACAAUAAAAGCGUCAGUAUAAAGAGGUUAAAAGAAGUCAAUGUCCAGAAGAGCAAUUGUAGCAUCGAUUGUCUAUCGAGUGGUUCCGACACCGAAUACGACAGUGGUUUAGAAAAGUGCAAUGUAAAGAGGAUGCGGCUCGAAGAUCAAGAGAAGAACCACAGACGAGAUGGAUUGGGAACCAGUGGAUCACAGUGCUCACGGAUAUUACAAAAUUGUGAAAACGGUGCAAUAGCUGCUCAAGAAGAAGUCGAGGCUGACAAACAUUGGGCGAAACAUCUCAAGUCCAACAGAAGUAUCAUCGUAGAUACUUUCCAGGGUCAAUUCAAGAGCACAGUCGUUUGUGCGGUGUGUAAGCACGUCUCUGUGACGUACGAGCCUUUCAUGUACCUCUCGGUACCGUUGCCUCACGCGAUGGAGAAACAGCUGAGCGUCACGUACAUUCCUGCGAAUAGCGACUCCCCUGUGAGAUGUGUCGUGUCAUUGAACAAACAGUCCAGAAUUGGGAAGCUUAAGGAGGAAGUAUUGAAGACUUUGGGGAAGGAGAACGUGGCCACGGCCAACGUGGCAAUGGCCGAAGUACUGGAAAACCACAUAGCAAGAAUAUUGGACGACAACUCUCUCUUGAGGUACGUCGAUGACACGAAUCGCUCAAUUUACGCGUUCGAAUUGAUGGAACCUCCCGAUCCGUACACGUCGAUCUCCGAUGGAGGAGGCGAUCGCGUCCCAGAGACGGAGCCCUGUCAGAACGGGACGUCGACGGGGGAAGAGAUCGGCCCCUGUACCAUAUGCCUGGAGGAAUUGGACGGAGAUCUGAAGAAACACGGAGGCAAUAACUGUAACUUCAUCAUGUGCGAUCCCUGCAUCGAGAACUACUUCAAGAACCAAACGGAUCCUCAAAUGUGCCCAGUGUGUUCUACGUGCGUGACGGCGUCGUCCUUCGCCAAGAUCGAUCAGACCGGUCGACCCAGGCCAGCGGUGAGGAUACUCAACGUCCCGCUCUUGUUAAGGCACGACACCAACGAGGCGACCAACAACAGAAAAGGCACCAAGAUCUUCGGUUACCCCUACUUGGUCAAGUUGCCAUCCAGAGUCAAUGCGAGAGACCUCUACGGUAUCGUCGAGAAGGUAGUGCCACAGGAAGGCAGCUACACCGUUCACUUCGUCGACGGACAGGGUCACCGGUGCUCGCGAUGUAUGUUUACUACACACUGUACAGGAUGUAGAGUGCCGGAAAGUGGUAUGGUGGCGCUGCAAAAUGGCGAUAACUUGGCGGUUCGAUACACCGAGAACGUGCCCAAAAUUGUGCAGCCGAUCGACCAUGUUAGCGUGAGCAAACAGCGGCCGCCUCAUCCUCUCUCCCUCUACGAUUGUUUGCAAGCAUUUAGUCAAAGUGAGACAUUAGAUGAGCACAAUCCAUGGUUCUGUCCCAAGUGCGAGCGUAAUCAGUGCGCCACGAAAACGCUGACCGUCCACCGAUACCCUAAGUUCCUGAUAGUCUACCUCAAAAGAUUCGUAUUCUACGAAUGCGUCAGCAUGAAACUAGACGACAAGGUUACCUUCCCCCUGGUUGGCCUCAGCGUGGGACGACACCUCUACGAUCUCUACGCCUGCGUGUGCCAUUUUGGAGGUGUUUCAGCGGGGCACUACACGGCGUACGCGAAAAACCCGCGGACCGACGUCUGGUAUUAUUACAACGACGAAGUAACUAGCAGGCAGAAACCUCAGGAGGAGGAUUUCAGCAACGCUUACAUUCUCUUCUACAGUCGGCAAGGGACCAACCUGAAACCGUGCAACAUAUAACCUGUGAGACCCUCGUCGGGGUGUUCGAAAGCCCUGGGAAUGUUCGAGGCGAUGCCGGAGCAAGAGCUACGCGGAUCGGUCGAUGCUCCGAUAUCGCGAGGAAUACGUUAACUCCCUCCUGGAGAGCUCGGUCUCGUUUCACCGGGGUCGGCGGUCUAUGUGGGAAACGUAUAUGUCUUCUGGAAAUUACUUAAUUUCGCGGUGAUGCGUCGCUUAACAGGGAUUGCAUUUACGUAGGCGGCUCCUCCGUUCCUAUUAUUUCUCUCUGACGAGCUCUACUCAGUGGGGACAUUUCCUAUGCAAGAUGCGGUUCGAACAGCUAACCCGUGACUAUUCUAUUUGCUUAUCGUAUGAACGUGGUCUACGUAGACGACGAACGGAAGGUCGAACUCUGGCGUAGCGUGGCCUGGCAAACGGCUCGUAUCAAUGUAUCGUUCCUUGCCUCAUGUACAAUGGCGGACACGAAUGCCUCCUCUGCAGAUACUACAUCGCCUGUGUAGGAUGGGAGGGCAUUGAUGUCUCCCGGUGUACAUUGGAGGACAUGAAUGCCUUACCUGCAGAUAUACCAUUGUCAAUGCACAACGGGAAGGCAUUCGUGUUCACCAGGGUACCGAGGAGCUUCCUUUGAGUCGGAUUAUAAGGACGAACAAGGGAGGACAUUUUCCCUGUGUUUGAACUAAGGAUGAGUGGGUGACUAGUCUAGACGAAGGGGGAGUCUAGCUCGGAUCGCUCGUCUGGUGGUUCAGGUCUCGGGAUGGGAGGAGACACACUACUAUCGGAAAUGUCAAAUCGUAUAUCGAUUUUGUACUAUAGUUCAAUAUAGAUUCGAUAAUCUUAAAUAAACGUAAUUUAUUAGAAAAUAAAAGCAAACCAUUAAACAA